AUGCCCGCCGUUGAAAGUCCCGACGAUUAUCUACAAUAUUCAUCGGACGAACAGCCACGUCUCAAAUCCCAUAAGGCUCUUCCACGGAGGAGAGAGAUCGAUCCACAGAUUGAAGUCAUCCGAAUAUUUCAUUCGAUCCAAGAUGAACAUCAUCCUGCGAAUCACCCCUCCGCCGCGAACGGCCCGGCCCUUCCGUUGACCCCUCCCGGUGCCGCUCAAGAAGAUGCGACUGGUGAUUUGGAAACGCCCAAGUUUGGCUCAUACAAGUCGAAUAACCCUUCAGUCGGCGCAGUUACGCCUCAACAUACUCGUCCCCCGACUCCAGAGAUGACUCCCCCGCAGCAGCCACAGAUGGUUUCGUUAGACCGCCCAUUUCUGAACCAGUUUGGGCAAUCGUUCUCCUCGUCUCGGGCAGAAUCCUUCCAGACUGCCUUGGAGAUGAUAUCUUCAGAUGGUGAUGCAGAUACUCCCGGCCGUUCUCCCUCGUCAGUGUUCCAACCAACAAGGCAAAAUUCACAUUCACGAAGAACAAGAUCGCUUCGGAAGAGCGAAUACCCUUUGAAGCUCAGCUAUAACAGAGAUGAGCUGCAGUACGAUGCCAGUAAACCUGAUUACGAUCGAGAAUGGGCUACACUCCCAAAGGCACAUUAUCAACCAGGGGAAUCUGCCAUCGCUUCUGCUCAUAAACGAAAGCCUUCGCGUGAUCCUUCCGAAAGGUCUCGCGGCAAAGUGGAUAUGGAUGCACAUCAACAGGAGGUCUUUUUAUCUCGUGAGGGAAGCUUGCGCAGGCGAACAAAGGAUGUUCAUAACCUCAUGCCUGGCUUAUCAAUCGAGCAGUUUCGCGAGCAAAUCGGUUGGCCCAACGCGGAGAGACACAUUGAACCGACUGAACGACCAGAGUCUCGUAGAUUAUCGAGCAUGUCGACAACGUCGACUAUCGAUGCCGUGAUUGUAGACUCUCCAAGAUCAAGCAAGCGGACUCUGCGGCAUACAGAGAAAAGGGUUUCUUUACGUUCGACUAGCUCGCCUAUCCCCAAAUCAGAGCGUACAUCUCUAGUUUCGGAUACCGAUUCGCAGCGACGCCUGGUACAUAAAGCCGCGCGUAUCACAGAACAAGACCGCAGAAGUGUAAUGUCAGAUGCUUCUUUUGCUGAAAGCACUGCUACAGGUGGAACACACUCCCACGUGGAAAUGGUUCCGGUCGUCGUGAUUCCCGAAAGGCGGUCGUCGCUCAAGUCUUCGGCCUCGAAUAGCAGAAGCCACUCCACUGCACGUUCACAACGGUCGAGUCGACGAGCUACGAAUGCAUCUAGUAGCAGAAACAGCUCUAUGGACCGCCAGAACAGACACGCUGAUUCCGAUUCAAUCCGCCACGAGGCAGAUUCUAGAGGUCGCGGCUUUGGCGGACCGGUCAUUCCUCCGCGUAGCUCGUCGUUGUCCGCACCCACGAGUAGGAACAACUCACGAGCGCCAUCCCUGACAUCCGAGAGCCUACACAAUCAUACUUUGGCGAUGGACGUCGAAACGCAAAAACGUGAACCGGAGAAACCCAUGCCUGAACCUCGCAUCAACCUGCCUGCUCGUGAUCCCCCCAAAAAGUCUCGCGAAGCCCGAAACGUUCAAUCCAUCCUGAUCGGUGUCGAAGACAUGGCCAAUUUACGCUCUUCCUCGUUGCCAUUUACACCAUGCUCGAUCUCAUCGUCCUCUCCAGGGCCUAUAGAGAUCAACGAAGCUAUAACUGUGAGCUUUUUCCCGCACAACAACAAAUCGCUUUUGCUCAUCGAUCAACAAUUACAGCCUGACCCACGGGCCGCGCAAGCGCAGCAACCCGAAUACCGCAACGACGUGAACAAACAACAGCCUCCAAAGGUGCUCUCUCCAGUAUCUCCGCUCAACCCUCGAUCUCCGCCAGAACCUCCCGUCUGCACCGUCGUCCCACCCACGCCCGAAAAUGCAUCAGAGCCACCUAGGGAAUCGCCAGAUGAUCAAGAGCAAAACGGAUGGUUUCGUCGGUUCGGAUCUAUUCGCCGUGCGUGGAACCGACCUCGACCCGAGUCCUCCAACUCAAUUCGACGGACAUUCUCCACGACAACAGCGAAGAACCGCAAAGCCGGAAAAGAUCUUGACAGUAGACUCCAUCCUUUCUGGCGGCCACGACGAUUCUGGAACGAUUCUCCUGACUGCGAGGAGGGCCCACCCCAUGGACAAGAAAAUGAGCCUAGUGCAGGGAACCAGGAAACACCUUAUGUGAUUAGCAAUUCGUUAGGAAUGCCUCAGCAACGAGUUGUCUUCGACGGGCCUUCUCUCGGACGCCAAAGUCCAGAAACAGCCAGGCCCAGGGAGAGCAUGACCGUGCACUCCAAUAUAAGUCGAAGCAACCUCGUCGCAAGCAGAGUGUUCAGUCCUGAUUUCUUUCACUCGGCAUCGCCUCUUCACCAAAACCGUUACCAAUCUCUCUCUCGGUGGGGACUGCGAUUCCGCUUUGUCAAGAUGCGCAAUUUGCGGAAGCGCAUGAGGCGUACGAUCCAGAAGCGUAGGGAAGGGAAGCAAGAGGCAAGGAGACAGAAACUCAAGCAGAGCAUCGUCGUCAUGGGCUCGGGUACCCUGAACAGGAGUACGAUGCAAACUUUGGGUUAA